GAGCAACUCGACCCCAGGACUUAUUCUUUUGCAGUGAUGGGCGAUAACUUUGGAUAUAUUGAGGACCCUUCAGACACCAGCAUUGAAAAAGCUCCAAAGGAUGAAGAAAGCAAGACGGAAGAAAUCAGAAAGCGUUUUUCCAUCAUAGCCUAUAUCUCAUAUGAAGGAGAUGACUACAUCAAGGAUCAGCCUGCCAAACCAGUGGAUGCUUUCAGCUGGAUUGUCCUACUCACAGCAUUCAUAUCAGUGACAAUAUGUACCGGUGUUAUCGGGUCACUUUCGGUGUUCUACGUGGAGUUUCUGCAUGCUUUCAACAAUUCCAAAGCAGAAAUAGCUAUUGUACCGUCCCUUGCUAAUGGAAUGUACGAUAUUGGAGGUGUGUUGGCUGGAAUUAUGAUUGACAGAAUAGGCUGUCGUGCGUCAAUGGUGGUUGGUGGACUUAUGACGUCAGUGUCUAUUGCUGUCAGUUUUUUUGCUAAAAGCAUCUAUUUUCUAAUAUUUUCCCUUGGAAUCGUUUCUGCUCUAGGUUCAUCAAUCGUCAUGCUGAGUGGAAUGGUACUCGUUGGUCAGCGUUUUGGUUCAGAACAUCCAAUUGGAACUGUUAUUGUCAGUGGGUCACACCCGUCCGGUUUUGUCCUCUUCCCUAUUUUCAUGCCUUAUCUCAUUGAAUCAUUCGGUUGGCGUGGAUCACUGUUACUGUUAUCAGCAAUUAGUCUACACAUCAUUCCCUUCGCACUUGUUGCUACCUAUGGUUUACCAAAGACUAAACGUCCCCCUAAGGAAGAAGGGAAUGAAAAAGUUUCAUUGAAAAAAAAAUGCACUCAAUGCUGUCCGUUUGAUAUGCAACUGUUUAAAACCGGACGUUUUCAAUUGUUUGCUUUGACAUCAGCAGUGACUUGGAGUGCUAAUUAUCUCAUCCAUCUUUUAAUUGUUGAUUUUGGUGAAAAUCGAGGGUAUUCUUUAGUGGAAAGCUCAAGUCUUCUGACAACUUUAGGAGUUGCAGCAAUUAUAUCACGAUUUUUGGCUCUUUUAGUUAAAACAUUUCACAAAUUCUCAAAUGUUGUAAUGUUUAUAUUAUUCUGUGUGGCUGCUACAAUCCUACAUGGAUGUAUUCCCCUCAGCAACAGCUUUUAUAGUCUGAUGGCAAUGGUUGCAACAGUUGGCAUUAUAUUUGGUCUACGUUUCAGUUACUUCAUGUUGUCUUUGAUUGACUUAGUGCCAAUGGAAAAAUAUUCACAGGCCCUUGGGUACACUCUCAGUCUGUGGGGUAUUUCUGUAGCCCUUUUGGGACCAAUUGUUGGUGAAGUUAGUUCUUUGACCGGUAGCUAUGACUUCAGCUACUACUGUGGAGGUGUUGUUGGUGGUUUGGCCUUGAUACCAAUUUCAGUGUAUAUCUAUUUUAAUGGCUGGUCUCUGAAGUUGGACAAAGGCAACUCUUUGACAGAGGAAAGGGAUGUUUAAAGAACCCAGCAAUGUUGUUGCUACGCUUAAACCCAUUUACUCAAACUGCCUGGUAACAUCAUUCAUUAGAUAUAAACUGUGGGAGAUAGUUUUCAAAUCUGACAAUCAAAAUACAUGCAAAAUUCAAGUUGAAUAUCAGAUAACCCGUGUCUGUCGGUAGCCCAGUUCUCAAUAAUUAGCUCUAUAGAGCGACCUCUAUAUGCAUAUUUUGAUAACUUGGUGCCAGUUCUUACUCAAAUCCCAUCUUAUAUAAGGAAAGUACAAAUUAGAUAAUUUUGGUAGUUCUGAAAAGGUGGGAUCAUGGCUGGAAUACUUUUCAUUGUAAGUCUUUCCAAGCAAAGUUAACCUGGGGCUACACAACCAUGUCUCAAAGAAAUCUAAAGGUUUGUGCUGACAGGUGCUGCUCAUAUCCUUAGAAAAACCCUAUCAUUUUAAUCCUUUUGUUACCAACCCAGCUGAAGCCGGCUCUGGUUUUGUUUUCAAAUGCCUUGUUUUCGUAAGUUUUGGAUUAAAAUCUUCCACCAAACCUUAGUCACAAUUUAUGUUCCUAACACUAGCUUAAUGAUAACCAAGUUAUUUUACUAAAUUCUUUGUUAUAUUUAAAGUAAUUGAAAGAAACACAGAACAUCUCAAAAUAAAUUCAGUAAUGAAAGGGUUAAAUAUUUGUGUUGCUAUAUAUGGAGGUAUUUCACUACUGUUCCACCACUUCCCCUCCCCAAGCUUUCAUUUAUAUUUUAACAUCUCUGAACCUUCACUUGCCCCAGGGUGCAGGGAGUGCCUCAGUAAAUGAUUACAACAAAAAAGUAAAUAAAGGUGAUACUAAUAAUAGUACUAGUUACAAUUAGUAGGGAUUACACCAGCAGCCACACGGGAUUAACCAGCUCUCAAAGGAUUAGAAAUCUACUAUCUCUAUCACCAAUAUUUCUAAUAAUGGGGUUACACUAAUUCCCACAG